AUGGUCAUCAUCACAAGAGAUAAACAUUUGUUAGAUAUUCAUGGUGUUGAAAAACAGUAUGAGGUUGAUAUUUUCAAUGUUACGGAAGCUAUGAAAUUGUUUCGGUGGAAUGCGUUAAGAAACAAAGUAGUUGAUCCAAGUUGCACAGAAAUCAUAAAGCGUGAAAUAUACUAUACCGGUGGUCUUCCAUUGGCUUUGGAAACAAUAGGCUCAAACUUGUUAGGUAAAAUAUUAGAUGAAUGGAAAUCUGCAUUGGAUGCAUGUGAAAAACUUCCAAGUAGAGGUAUUCAAGAAAUUCUUCAAGUAAGCUAUGAUGGCUUGGAGGAGAAUGAGAAGGAUAUUUUUCUAGACAUAGCUUGCUUCUUCAAAGGAUGCACUGUGAAAAAAGUUACAGAUAUGCUAAAUGCAUGUGGCUUUCAUACAGAAUAUGGAAUUAGUGUGCUGCGAAAUAAAUCACUCGUUAACAUUUUGAUGUCUGGAGAACAUGAUGGUGAAAUUGUGACAAUGCAUGACUUGAUUCAAUGUAUGGGAAAAGAAAUAGUUAGACAGCGAUCAACCUUAACUGAAAAAUGCAGUAGGUUGUGGUUUUAUCAAGACAUCUCUUGUGUUUUGGAGAAAAAUAUGGCAAUUGAUUCUAGUACAAGAAAAUUCUAUGUUUUGCCGGGAGAAAGGGUCCCAAAAUGGUUUGACCACUCUACCAAGGGAAACUCUCUAUGUUUCUGGUUUUGGAGGGAUUUCCCCUCUAUCACCGUGUGUACCAUUUUAGGAGUUUUGGAUAACAUAGAAGGACCUUUCUUUGUGAAGUUUAAUUUUUUUGUUACAAUCAACGAUAUUGAAAUACCUUUCCUCUUUGAUUUCAACUACAUUUUAGAUACUGACCAUAUGUUUAUGUUCAAUAACUUUACGUAUCCAAUGAAAUUGGAUUGUGGAGGACUAGUUUCAGAGAAUGAGUGGAGUUAUGGGGAGGUUUUAUCUGUGAUACCACCCAAUUCAGGUAGUUCAGAAUCAAUCAAAUCGAGUGGAGUUUAUGUAAACCGAACAUGUACAACAACAAUGGAGAAUGUUAGAUUCUCAAAUCCUUAUUCUCCCAAUACUACAUUUCCUACCGACCAUGGUACAAGAAAUCAGCUUGAUAUACAACAAGAUUCAUUUGACCCUGUCGUCUCUAUGCACACCAGAAUGUUAGACAAAUUGGCUUACCUUAGCAACCGACAAUGGCGUCGCCCUUUCAUGUAUCCAGAGUGGAAAGAACCUUUCGAUAAUGUUUUGAGCCCCAACUUGAGCGAAAGUGACUUGUCUAUGUCAUCAUAG